AUGUCUGAAUUCAAGCUUUCCGCGUCCCUAGAAGGCCACGGCGAUGAUGUACGCGCCGUGGCCUUUCUCAAUUCCAACGUUGUAGCUACAGCUUCGCGAGAUGCUACAGUUCGUAUAUGGAAGCAGGUUUCGUCUCCACCACCGGUAUUCGAUUACACUAUCGCCGCUCACGGAUCGGCCUUUAUCACCUCCCUGGCAUACUACCCUCCCACCGCUGAGCACCCUGAAGGUUUGAUAUUCUCUGGCAGUCAAGAUGCAAUUAUUGAAGCUCGCCAGCCGUCCAAGGCGUCCGCCGAUAAUGCAGACGCUAUGCUCCUCGGUCACGGCCACAACGUCUGCUCGAUCGACGUCUGCCCUGAGGGUGGUUGGGUUGUGAGUGGUAGUUGGGAUGCUACUGCGAGAUUAUGGAGAGUGGGUAAAUGGGAAACUGAAGUGACCUUGGAUGGGCACCAGGGGAGCGUAUGGGCGGUGCUGGCCUACGACCAAAACACUGUGAUCACAGGUUGCGCGGAUCGCCUCAUACGUAUUUUUAACACUUCUGGGAAGCUCCUCAAGACGAUAAAGGAUUCGCAGGAUGUUGUGCGGGCCCUUUGCAAGCUUCCUGAAGGCCAUCCUUCAGGUGCUCAGUUUGCUUCUGCAAGCAAUGAUGGCGUGAUACGACUGUUCACUUUAAACGGGGAUGUGGUGGCUGAACUUGCUGGUCAUGAAAGCUUCAUCUACUCGGUAGCAGUGCUGCCGUCUGGCGAGCUUGUGAGCUCGGGCGAGGAUCGUACAGUUCGGGUUUGGAAUGGGACUCAGUGCGUACAGACGAUCACGCAUCCGGCCAUUUCUGUUUGGAACGUGGCGGUGUGUAAAGAGACAGGGGAUAUUAUCACAGGCGCUAGCGAUCGUAAGGCCAGGAUAUUCUCAAGAGACAACAGUCGACAGGCAGAUCCGGAAACAAUCCAGCAAUUCGAUAGUGCUGUUAGAGAAUCCGCGAUUCCACAGCAACAAGUGGGUGAUAUCAACAAGGAGAAAUUACCUGGGCCAGACUUCUUGAAACAGAAAUCGGGUACUAAAGACGGCCAGGUGCAGAUGAUCAAGGAGGAUAAUGGCAGCGUCACAGCCCAUACAUGGUCAUCGGCCACGCAGGAGUGGAUCGCGGUUGGCACCGUUGUCGAUUCUGCAGGCAGUUCUGGAAGAAAGACUCAAUAUCUAGGUCAGGACUACGACUAUGUCUUCGACGUGGAUAUUGAGGAUGGGAAACCGCCGUUGAAGUUGCCAUACAACCUAUCACAGAAUGUUUACGAGGUCGCAACCAAAUUCAUUCAGGAUAAUGAGCUUCCGAUAUCUUAUCUAGAACAAGUGGCAAACUUUAUUACUCAGAACACGCAAGGCGCAACGCUUGGCCAAACGACAGAGUCGCAGCAACCGGCCUCUUCGGAUCCUUGGGGUCAAGAAAGACGAUACCGACCUGGUGACGCAGCAGCAGCAUCUCAAGCAGCUCCAACGCCAUCAUUGCCUGAGAGCCGCCAGGACGUGCUCCCGCAGACUACCUAUCUUUCUAUAAAAUCAGCCAACAUAAAGUUAAUUUUGAAGAAGUUGCAAGAGUUGAAUGAGCAAGUCAUAGCUGCGGGAAGCAAAGAGGUUUCGUUUAACCCACCAGAGUUGAACACUGUACUUGCACUGUGCAACCAAUUGGAUGCUACAGGAUCAGUUCCCAAGGACCCUGCCACAGUCGAGUCUGGGAUACAAUUGCUCAUCAAGGCAGCAACCAAAUGGCCAGCUGGCAGUCGACUUCCCAGUCUUGAUCUUCUACGACUUCUCGCAGCCGCAACACCUGUGACUGCUGAGGCGCUCUAUCAGGGGCAAGACGUGGUCUCUGCGCUCCAGCAGAGUGGCAUGUUUGAGGGCCCUGUGAAUGGCAAUAACGCGAUGCUGGGUAUCCGGUUAUUCGGGAACCUUUUCGAAACGCCUCUCGGUCAAGAACUGGCCGUGAGCAAAUUCGACGAGAUUGUCCGCAAUGUAUCGUCAGUCACCACGGCGGCGAUCAGCGCCCCCAAUCGUAACAUAACGAUUGCUGCAACCACCUUGUACAUUAACUACGCGGUAUACUUUUCUACAAAUGGACGAGCCACGAGUGUAGAAUCUGCGGAACAUGCUCUUCAAUUACUUGAGGAGUUGACCAAGAUUUUCUCCAAGGAAAAGGACUCGGAGGCAGUGUAUCGUGGUCUGGUGGCGGUGGGAACGCUUGUCACAACGCUUGGCGAAGAGGUCAAGAGUGCUGCUCGGGAGAUUUAUGAUUUGAACAGCGUGCUCAGCACUGUCUCGAGCUCGGGCGCUGGACGAGAACCGCGGGUUAAGGGCGUUGUUGGAGAAAUCCGCAAGGCGCUUUCAUGA